AGUACAUUUUCACUUUCGAAAUAAAAUGAAAGCAAUCUACCACAGUGCGGAUAUAUCAGAUUUUAUCAGCGUAUAGUUAUGCCAGGGGGACAGAUACGUAAUCAACGUAUAUUAGUGGUUGUUUUAGCAUUUUUACUAAAUGGUGUCUGACUGUAUUAAUAGCUUUCUUUAGGAGAUUAACAACAGCGCGGUUUCGAAUUCAUCGAAAGGCCUACACCUACGCCCCGUGAAUUCUGUGGUUGAUAUGCUAGAUAUGCUUGAUACACAUCAGCUAAAAUGGCAUCCAAUGAGAGUUGUACACCAGGAAGGAGAAGAUCGAGCAUUAAUGAGCCUCCUUAUAUGUCUGGCAAUGAAGAGCUUAGAGUGCUUGUCUUUGGUAGAAAUGGUCACAGUCAGUUUUCUCUGACAAACUCAAUUCUGCUGAGAGAGAUCUUCAAAUCUCAGGAUGUUUGCAGUAUCAAAGAGGGUCAGAAACACAGGGGGGAGGUUUGUGAAAGAAAAAUUGCUGUAGUCAACACCCCAAACCUGUCUGAGAAUGAGGCAUCCCAGAAAGAGAUGAAACGGGAGUUUUUGAGGGCUGUUUGUAUGACCUCCCCUGGUCCCUACGUCAUUCUCUUUGCCCUGGACCCAAACAAUAUUUCCCCAAAUGCAGUAGGUCUUCUGCAACUCAUCACCAACCAUUUUGGGGAAAACGUCCUGAAACACGUCAUGAUUGUAGUGUGCCAUGAAAGAAAAAAGGAUUCAGGUUUUAAGGAGAGACUCAAGAAAAACAGAGAAUUCAAUGAACUUAUUGAAAAGUGUGGUCAAAGGUUUUACCUCUUCAACCUGCAGAACUCCCCAAGAGAACUCCUGGACAGGAUCGAUGACAUGGUGAUGGAAAAUGAUAGCCAGUUCUACUCCAAUCAUCGAUACCAGGAAGUUGAGGGCAGAAUCCAAAAAGAGGAGCGUUUCAUUAUGAAAGAAAGAGAGAAAGAGGUGGUAAAAAAGCGCAAAGACCUGGAAAACAAGUACACUUGUGAGGAACUGGAAAAGGAGCUAGAGCAGUUUGAGGCAAGGAUAAAAUCAGAAAACAGAGAGCGUGCUGAGAGGAAGAUUUCAGAGAUACUGGGAUUUACUGUCAGAGCAGUUGACUAUGUUGCCGCUGUAGGUAAAGUUGCAGCAGUUGGAGCUUUGUGUGGAUUGCCCAUGGGGUUUGAGGGAAUGUUGGUAGGAGGGACUGUAGGUGCCAUUGUUGGGUGUGUGAUAGGAGGGGGGGUCCAAGCAGCAUGGGACUAUGUUGGAAACGCUGCUGCGCAAAUGAACGCAGUAAGACAAUGGUGGCAGGCACAUGACAACAAUGACUGAAAUCAUUGUUGGUACUGGAGCAUAAUUGCACAAAACGUACUUCUGCAAAAGGACAAAAAUAAAACAUUUUCAAAUGCAUUUUCAUCAUCAUAGCAGCAACUCAACAACCCACACUCGUCAGCAAAGAAAAUGUGUGUGGUUUGGAGAUACUUUCCUAUGAGGCAAAGGUGCUUUUCACAUUAAUUGUGAUAUUAUUGUGAAGCUGUCGUGUGCUAAUCCAUUGUUGAAAAGCGGUGCAGAGAGCAUGUUAGCAUACGUUAUGUCUUUACCUUGUUUUUUCAAACAGUUUGAAUGGGGGUCAUUUAAGUGCCUAUAUAAAAAUAUAUAUACAGUACUGUAAAAAAGUCAUAGGCUAUCCAAGUAAAUUACUUUAGUUUGACUUUCUGAUGCCUAAGACUUUUGCACAGUACUGUAUAUUGUUAGACACGUGUUAUAGCUAAACAUGUACUG